GCCCCGCCCCGCCCCGCCCGGCUCCCAUUGCCCACACCGGGUGCCCGGCGCUGCUUUCCGCCGGGCGGUGAGCUGAGCUCGGGGCACGUUGUGAGCCGGCACAUCCAGGCUGAGGCCGCUGCUGCCGGGAAGCUGGGCGGGGAGACGGCCGAGAUGGUGGAGGACGGCAGCGAGGAAGAGGAGGGGGAGGCGGAGGGAGAGAGAGGGGAGAUGCUGGGCGCUUCGCAGCACAACGGCUUCCUCCCCGGCAAGGAAGCGGAGAACGGCGGCCCCGGAGGAUGCGCGGCGCUCGGGGCGGGCGGCAUCCAGCUGGAGACGCGGCUGUCGCGGCGGCGGCUGGCGGUGCUGGCCGUGUUCAGCUGCUACUCGCUGGUGAACGCCUUCCAGUGGAUCCAGUACAGCAGCCUCAACAACGUCUUCGUGCGCUUCUACGGCGUGUCCUUCACGGAGAUAGACUGGCUCUCCAUGGUCUACAUGGUGGCCUACGUGCCGCUCAUCCUGCCCGCCACCUGGCUGCUGGACGCCCGCGGCCUUCGCCUCACGGCGCUGCUGGGCUCGGGGCUCAACGCGCUGGGCGCGUGGCUCAAGUGCGCCAGCGUGGCGCCGGGCCGCUAUGCCCUCACCAUGGCGGCUCAGGCCGUGUGCGCCGUGGCGCAGGUCUUCAUCCUGGGGCUGCCCUCCCGCAUCGCCUCCGUCUGGUUCGGCCCCGCCGAGGUCUCCACCGCCUGCUCCGUGGCCGUGCUGGGCAAUCAGCUUGGCACUGCCAUUGGCUUUUUGUUGCCACCUGUCCUGGUUCCAAAUACCCCCGAUGAUAUUGAUCUAAUGGCACAUAAUAUAAGCAUAAUGUUCUAUGGAACAGCAAUAGUAUCCACGCUUUUGUUCUUCUUAACAGGAGUUGUGUUUGAAGAGAAGCCCAAAUACCCUCCCAGUCACUCUCAAGCACUCCUGCAGGCUCUGCCUCCUGAGGAUUACUCCUACAAGCAGUCAAUUAUUAAUUUGGUCAGAAAUGUUCCAUUUGUACUUCUGCUCAUCAGCUAUGGAAUUAUGACUGGAACAUUUUAUUCUGUUUCCACAUUAUUAAACCAGAUGAUAGUAACUCAUUAUGAGGGAGAAGAAGUGAACGCUGGGAGAAUUGGCUUGACACUGGUGGUGGCAGGAAUGGUGGGUUCGAUUAUUUGUGGUUUGUGGCUGGAUUACACUAAAACGUACAAGCAAACUACUUUGAUUGUUUACAUUCUCUCUUUCAUUGGGAUGGUGGUAUUUACCUUCACACUGGACCUUGGGUACCUUAUAGUGGUGUUUGUAACCGGAGGAGUGCUUGGGUUCUUCAUGACUGGCUAUCUCCCACUCGGCUUUGAAUUUGCAGUGGAAAUUACUUACCCAGAGUCUGAAGGCACUUCGUCGGGUCUCCUCAAUGCAUCAGCACAGAUAUUUGGAAUUGUCUUUACGCUUGUGCAAGGAAAGCUUACAACAGACUACAGUCCUCGUGCGGGAAACCUCUUUCUUUGCGCUUGGCUGUUUGUGGGCAUUAUCUUAACAGCCUUAAUAAAAUCAGAUCUGCGAAGACACAAUGUGAAUUCAGGGAUUAUGAAUAUGGACGUUAAAGCUGUACCAGUUGACAAUCCAGUAGAACGGGAAACUUGUACUGCGUUAAAAAUUCAGUCAGAUUUAUAAAGCCAAAAGAAGAUGGCUUAGAAACGCACAAUGUUGGUUGAAUGCUGAACAAAAUUAGUGUAAUCACUGGAUUUAUGUGUAUGAGUAGUGAAACGUGUUUGGUGAUUUUGGUGACAGUUGUGUGGUGGGAGCUAUGAAGAUACUGGCUUCAUUUUACCCAAGAUAUAAACAACAGGACUUCGUAUGGAAUAUUUAUUUUAACAGAUUACGAGUUUUGCCAUUUCGCUUAUGAAGAACCGUCUGAAUCCAACGAAGGGAUUGGAAUGGACCUCUGGAGAUCAUCGAGUCCAACCCCCAAAUGCUCUCCAUUAUAGGAAGAAAUAUACAUUCAGAAUGCAUGCCAGAAUGUGCAUCUGGAAUCCUAAAGUACGGUCAUGAUCAGACGUAUCUUCUCCCCAGGAAAUCAAAAGUUAGUUGAUUUCUUGUUCAGUCUUUUCUAGUGCAUUUACCAAGUCAGGGUAGGUAGCUGUAUGACUGGAGGGCAUUCACAUUGUUUUUUUAAUGUCUCUGAUGUAAGACAGUAUUUCCUUCUGGGAAAUUCUAUAGCACAAUUCUGAAAACGAGAUGACUGCAAUUAUGUGUUUUGAGUUUCUUUUGCCUUGAAGCUUCUUGAUGGAUACUGGAAGGCAGAUGAGAGAAAAAUAGUUGUUUUUUUUUGUAGAUUCAUCAAGCAUUUCUGGGGAGAUUUAAGGGGUUUCCCACUAGGUAUAUCGAAGAAAAUACAUUUAUUAUUAAAUAGAAAGAAGAAGAAAGACCAUUGAUAUCUAUCUAUGGUGAAGUAUUCACAGGCAAUGGAACAUGAUUGCACAGGUUGCCUCCUGAAUAUUUUGAGUGCUUUCUCAGUUCAAAUGAGAGGAACACGUGUUUACAAAGAGAUGGUGCCUUUACAAAGUAAAGAAGAUCUUUGCCUCAUCUUGAGUUUGACCAGUGCUGCUGAAGAAAUUCCGUUUUAGCUUGUUAAACCUCCUGGAUAUUUGUGGAGCAUCAGAAAAUGUGUUCUACCUGUUGUGUUGGGUUCUUUUUUCCCCUCCACUUAUUUCUCUGUGCUACGUUGUACCAUUUGUCUCCUGUAAAAUGUUUGUACUCUCUGUAUAACUCAUCAGUAAAUAAUGUCUUGUUCCUCACAGUUAAAAGCUGUAAGGGGGACUGAAAGGAAAACAGUGCUGUUUCUCUUUGAUGAAAUACUUGCUGUGUAAAUAAUGAGUCUAGCUACAAAGUACUCUUCAUUGCUUUUGUAUUAUUAUUAUUAUUUGUAUUAUUUCUCACUGCAGUGCUACUGAUAUUGUUCUUCACCUUGUGUACUAUCUACCCAGCUACAGAACUGAUGUCCCCUCAGUAAUACUGAGGCUCUUCUACUACUGAAAAGUCCAACCAGAGUUAGCAGCACUGAGGCUUUAGCAGCCUUUCAGGUAAGCCUGCAGUUUCAGUGCCAUCAGUCUCUGGGUUCCUACAGCUGUAGUGCCAUCCUGCAGGUUGAAUCCUGCUGGAAGUUUUUUGUGGGUUACAGCUUGGUAUGGAGAACUGUGCAAUUCCCAAGAUAACCUUUCAAGGUAUUAAGAAUGCUUAAAUGCUUUAUUUUGCCUUGUUUCUCUAUAGAUUUAGAGAUUAUUAUUAUUUUUUUUUAGUAUGAAAAAAAACCUGUGUAUGUAGCUUUCUUAACUUAGCCUCUAAGCUUUGCUCCUAGUUUAGUGUUUUGUGUGAGAAAUGCUUCAGACAUGAGUAGGCUGAAUGGCAGUGUAUGUAUCUGAAAAAGCCAGGCAUAUCUGAACAUUUGUCUUUCCAAAACGAGUCCAUGCCUCUGCCAGAGCCAGCACUAGAGAGAAAGCAGGCACACCCUAUGUACACCCUAUGUACACCCUAUGUACACCCUAUGUACACCCUAUGUACACCCUAUGUACACCCUAUGUACACCUUGUGGCUCCUGGAGAGCCAAGCUCUAUGAGAGGAGUCCUCUGUGAGACAGCUGAAAGGAGAUGUUCAGAUGGCAGGAAAGAGGGUAGGAGUGGAAGUAGAGGUAGUUUAUCUCGGUUCUUACAUGAAAUGACUGACUGAUACCAGCUGCCCCAUCUCAGGAUGUGCAUAUUUUCAGCCUGAGUGAGCAAAGUGAAAGUUCUUUCCUUCUGCUUUCUGUGAGUGAUUUUUGCCUUUAGAGAAGUGGUGAUACUAUGGUGUAUAUACAACACUUCCACGGAAUACAGACUAAAUACAUUUUUACUGUGUUCAGAGACCGUAACUGCUAUGCACUUUCCCUCUUAAAAGCAAAAAAAUGUAGCAGGACAUUCUAUUUUGGUGGAUGUGCUUUCAAACGUCCAAUAGAGUCUUUGGCAGCAUCCAGAACACUUUUUACAUGUUGCUAAAUACUCUCCACAUCCUAAAGUUGAGCUCUUAAUUUAUUUUGAAAAUUCCUUUCCCCACUAGAUUCCAGUUUGUUUAGUUGUUUUCAGUUGAUUAUUGAAAACUAUUCCAGCCCUACUGGCUCCUCGUGUUUUUCAUCUUCUGCCAAAUUACUUGGCUGCCCUCUGAAAUUGCCCAAACAAGGUUCUUGGCAUGCUAGAAAGCCUGCAGGGUCCCUGAAAAGAAAAUAUUCCUAAUAAUGAAGACUUAAUUACAUCCUGGAUUUAAUGCUGAUCAGAAGGAACUUAAAAGUUGGAAACCUGUAAAUAUGUAUUUAUUUGAAAGCUAUUUCUGGACAAGGACUAAGUAUAGAAAUAAAAGGCUACGUAGCAAAAUGAAGAACAAAUAAACCAGUAGUCUUCUCAUCUUUUUAUUAAAAGAAAAAAAGGUUUUAGCUUGUGGCAGAAACAGGCUUGGGGUAGCUGGGGCUUUGGUUUUUUGCUUUUUGUUUGAUUGUUUCUAAAUGGUAUCAAUCAAUCGUGUCUGGAAUUGGAAAUAAUAGCGUUUCUGAUUUCAUGAGCUGUGAGAUUGUGGCUCAGCCCUCGUCUGGCAGAGGAUAAGAAUCAUGACCACUUAAUCAGUCCAGGAAUGGGAUCAUGUGUGCCAACUGUGAGAGGACAGAAUCAGAAACCAUAUGAGGAGAGCCAUCCCAAUCCCAUGCACUUAAUUUGUGUUUUAAGUAAUGCUUUUCUAACUGUCACAGGAGUGCGUGAUUACUGUUACCAACCCAUGUUUCCUAGUGGAAAAAAUGCUUUGGACUAACUUCUGUGUGUAUAACUAAAUGAAAUUGGGUUAAGCCAUGAGUAUGUAUCACUCUCAUUUUCCAGUCUGUGAACUCAGUUGUUUUCCUUUGUGAAUGGGAAAGCGGUGUUGGUUUUUUGUCUUGCUGUACUUCUAUGUAACACUUUCUGAGGCAUUACAGUCUACAAACGGUUCAUAGCCCACAAGCUAAGCUGUCGUAUCCAUGUUUUACCCCCCCCUACACACAACGUGCUGCCUGAAAUCUGUGAAGAGAAAUUGUUAAUACACAGAAUAGAAUGGAAUAAGCAGAAAUAUGCUUAGGAAAAAUGCAUUUUCUUGUAAGAUGUGCUAUAUAUAUAUACUGCUUGUCUUUGUUCUCUUGGAGAUGGUGAAGAUUUUUGCUGUAAUUUUUGUUAUUGUCCCAUUCUUUGUUUGAAAAUAAAAUUAAAAAAGAAAUCCCUA